AUGGCUUUCCCCCCAAACCCAGAAAAUGGGGGGAUUUAUGUGAUAUAUACACCGUCUUUCGCGAUAUCCCGUGAACCGGGUUUCGGGUUUCCUAUAAGGGAGGGAAUGCCCGUUUCGUUGAAAUGCGACGUCGAUGCGAACCCCAAGGCGGCGCCCAUCUGGCAGAAGGAUGACACGGAUCCACCGGUUCAGCAGACGCCUGACGGAUUCCUCAACUUCACCGAGAUACGCAGGGAGCACAGCGGAUGGUACAAGUGCAUCUCCAGGCAUCUUCUCGGAAGAUUCUCCAGCAUCGGAUACUUCCUCAAUGUCAGAUAUGACAUGGAAGUCACUCAGGAGCCGGACUUCGACAUCGGCGAGCUGAGCUCCACUGGGAGACAAUUAGAGGUGGCCCUCGGAGGAGCCGUCCAACUCGCCUGCCCCCCAGGUCGGUAA